AUGACUGGGUACUCGGCUUGCUCCCCGCUUUCAAAGAGUUUCUUUUGUUCCGUCGGCGUUGCGUUUCUAGAUGCGUUUGAACCCGGCUUUGCUCUGUGCCUGUCUGUUGCUCCUUGCAAAGCUGGUUCCUUACCUUCUGUUUCUGCUCUCAUUUUCUCUUCUCCAGAGGAGGAAGUGGAAAACUUUGACGUGUCCAGUCUCCAGGAAGAAGCUCUGAGGAACAUCGAGGCUGACAGCUUCUGGUGCAUGAGCAAACUGCUGGACGGCAUCCAGGACAACUAUACGUUUGCUCAGCCAGGCAUUCAGAGGAAAGUCAAGGCCCUGGAGGAGCUGGUCAGCAGGAUUGAUGAGUCUGUGCACCGCCACAUGCAGCAGUACGAGGUGGAGUACCUGCAGUUCGCCUUCCGCUGGAUGAACAACCUCCUGAUGAGGGAGCUGCCUCUACGGUGCACCAUCAGACUGUGGGACACAUAUCAGGCUGAACCAGAAGGCUUCUCUCAUUUUCACCUCUACGUGUGCGCUGCCUUCUUGGUACGGUGGAGGAAAGAGAUUCUAGAGGAGCGGGAUUUUCAGGGCCUUAUGAUCCUGUUACAGAACCUUCCCACAAUGCACUGGGGAAAUGAGGAAGUGAGCGUGCUACUGGCCGAAGCUUACAGGUUAAAGUUCGCCUUCGCCGAUGCUCCCAACCACUACAAGAGAUGAUGAGUGGCUCUUCGUCCUCUUUGGUCUCCUGUCUCAACAACGCCUGCUGGACUCACAGGCCUCUUUCCUAACUACCCUCCUUUUUUUUUUUUUGCCCUAUUUCUGAUGGGGCUUUCAGCUACUAAGAGAUUCGAAUCAAACAGUGACUGAGGACAUGUGUAGCAUUCUGACAUGAUGAUCUGGAGCCUUUUUUUAUUAUUUAUCUCCAUGUGUGCUGAAAUGUGCACUCUAACAAUCGGAUGCAGAAAAAUGAUCAUUAAUAAUGAUUGCAGUUUUUUUUUUUUUUUUGUUUGGUGGAUGAAGAACCCCUCUGCUUGAUGCAGGAUCAUAAACAGUUUCUGAGCAC